AUGUAUGAAAGAAAAGACAUUCAAGAAAGCGAAGCAACGAGAAGAGAUUCUUUACCAUCGCUUGUACAAUCGCAAAGUUCGAACCAACAAUCGCAAUCUUCGACUGCUUAUGCGACGCUUGAGAACCUCCUCAAACUCAAACAACGCUCGCCUUUACAUAAUUGGUUAGAUGAACACAAUUUAUUACAUUGUAGUGUAGUCGAAGCAAUAUUUAGCCUCGAUAAAAAAAAUACGACGAAGGAACGCUUUGGUGCUUUGGAAGAGUUCCAAGACCAUCAAAAUGAAGCAUAUUGUCAAGAUAUGUUUGAGAUUUUCGCAAUUUCACUUCUUGAUUAUGAAUCAACCAAAGCAAUCAAACAUUAA